AUGCGUGUCUCUCAGCUCAUGACCUUGAGCUCUGUGCUCUCCCUUGCCGCCGCCUCUCACAUCCAGCAGCCCAUCGGCGUCGAAUCUUCCCCGCCAACGCCUCACUCACCCUCAUCCGCCGCUCCUUCCUGGCGCGACGACCUCAUCUCUUUACAUCGAUCCCUCAUUGAGAUCCCCUCCAUCUCAGGCAAUGAGAGCGCCGCCGGGAAGUUCUUGGUCGAUUAUCUGACUGGCCGCGGCUAUGUCUCCUCUCUGCAAUUCCUGCCACCGCGCAACAACAACACGGAAGAGACCCCGAGGUUCAAUGUCCUGGCCUGGAAGACGAACCAACGCCAGCCCGCACCUCGCGUUGUAGUCACUUCGCACUACGAUGUUGUGCCGCCUCAUAUUCCUUACGGCAUAUCCGAUGACAAAAUCACUCCCGACACUCGUAUUAGUGGAAGAGGAAGCGUUGACGCCAAGGCUAGUGUUGCGGCUCAGAUCAUUGCUCUCGAGGACCUGUUCGAGGCCGGCAAAGUCAACCCCGAAGAUGCCAUGCUCUUAUUUGUCAUUGGUGAGGAGGACACUGGCGAUGGAAUGCGUUUCUUUUCCGAUUCCCUCCAGGCAGCCGACCCGCCGGUGCAAUUUGAAUCCGUCAUCUUCGGAGAGCCUACGGAGAACAAGCUCGCUUGCGGUCACAAGGGUGGUGUCUUUUGCGAUAUCUCGGCCAAGGGCGUCGCUGGACACUCUGGCUACCCAUGGCUCGGCAAGUCGGCCAACGAAAUCAUGAUCAAGGCCCUCGCCAAGAUUAUCACGACAGAUCUCGGAAGCACUGACAAGUGGGGCAACACCACCGUCAAUGUUGGCCAGUUCAACGGCGGCGUUGCUCAGAAUGUCAUUCCUGCCUCUGCUCUGGCAAGGAUCGCGGUUCGGGUUGCCAUUGGCCCCGAAAAGGACGGCGGCAACAUUGUCAAACAGAGAAUCCAGAAGAUUCUCGACGAAACCGAUGCCGAGUCCCUCGAGUUGACCUGCACCCACGGAUAUGGCGUGGUGGAGGCCAACUGUGACGUUGAUGGAUUUGAUACCCUUGUGGCCAACUAUGGAACUGACAUUCCUAACCUUAAGGGCUCGCACACUCGCUACCUGUAUGGACCAGGCACGAUUUUGGUUGCACAUGGCCGCAACGAAAACAUCACCGUUGCUGAGCUUGAGGAAUCCGUGGGAGGUUACCAAAAGUUGAUCCUGCAUGCUCUCAAGGACUCUGCUUAG